AUGUUAUCAUCAAGAUCACUAUUACCUUCAACUCGCAUUGUUGCGGCUGCUGCAUCCGCCACACGGAUGUCCAAGCAGGCCUUUGCCAGUGUAUCAGGAGCAGCAGCUAACUCAUCGUCAGUCGAGAGUUACACCAAGCUGGUACACCCUGCACCCAAGGAGUUGAAGGAGUUCCCACAGAAACAGCUGCCAUACGAUGGUUGUACUGCGGCUGCCUAUGUGGCGUAUGCAUGGUCCGAGCAGGCUAUGAUCUAUCCCAUCACGCCCGCCACGCCAAUGGGUGAUGUCAUGGCCAACUGGGCUGGUCAAGGACGGAAGAACCUCUUCGGCAGCGUCCCUAGGGUUACCCAAAUGCAGUCCGAAGGUGGUGCUGCUGGUGCUGUACACGGCGUUCUCGAUGUUGGAGGCCUUGGUACCACUUUUACCUCUUCACAAGGUCUACUACUUAUGAUCCCGAAUAUGUACAUAAUCGCUGGUGCCCUCAACCCUUGCGUCUUCCAUGUGGCUGCAAGAGCUAUAUCCAAACAUGCCCUUUGUAUUUUUGGCGACCACACUGAUGUCAUGGGCACACGUCAAACUGGCUGGGCGCAGCUGUCUGGUCACAGCGUCCAGGCAUCGAUGGACAUGGCCUUGGUAGCCCAUAUUGCUACGCUGAGGAGCUCAGUGCCUUUCGUCAACUUUUUCGAUGGUUUCCGUACUUCCCAUGAAAUCAACAAGAUCAACAUCAUCCCCUACGAGGCUAUGGACCAGCUGGUGCCGUGGCCAGAACUGGCCGCCUACCGUUCACGUGGGCUCAACCCCAACAAGCCGCACUCUCGUGGUCUGGGCCAGUUCGCUGAUACCUUCUUCCAGAAUUCCGAGGCCGUCAACAAAUACUACGACAGCACACCUGGCAUAGUGCAGAAUGUCAUGGACGAAGUGGCGCAAGUGACCGGCCGGCACUAUAAGAACUUCUUCUAUUAUGGUCAUCCCCAAGCCGAGUAUGUUACGGUUAUCAUGGGGUCUGGCAGCUCUACUAUGGAGGAGACGGUGAACUAUAUGAACGCUCGUGGCGAGAAGGUUGGCAUAGUCAGAGUUCACCUCUAUCGCCCUUGGGAUGCUAAGGCAUUUGUGAGCUCCUUGCCCCCAUCAGUGAAACGCCUUGCGGUACUUGAUCGUACUAAGGAGCAGACGGCUAUUGGUGAGCCGUUGUUCCUGGACGUUGCAGCAACACUGCAGUCGAUUGGCAGUACGCUGAAGGUUAUUGGUGGUCGCUAUGGUCUCGGCUCGAAAGAGUUCACGCCGGCUAUGGCUGAGGCCGUCUUCGAGAACUUGAAACAACCUAGACCGGUUGAGAACUUCUCGGUUGGUAUCGAGGAUGAUGUUACCCAUAGGUCGAUCAAGGUUGGCCCUGAGCCGGACGUCUCUGCUCCUGGGACCAGACAGUGUCUAUUCUGGGGUAUGGGUUCUGACGGUACUGUAUCGGCCAACAAGAGCGCUAUCAAGUUAAUUGCUGACAACACGGAUCAGUACGUGCAGGCCUAUUUCGCUUAUGAUUCCAAGAAGUCCGGUGGCUGUACUAUUUCUCAUCUCCGUUUUGGCCCUGAGAAGAUCGAGUCGCCCUAUGCCAUUAUGAACGCAGAUUACAUCGCAGUUUCCCAAAGAACGUGGCCCCAUAAGUUCCCGAGAGUCAUCGUUGAGACCCUCAAGCCUGGUGGUAUCGCGGUCUUCAACUCUGCUUCCAAGACUGCUGAGGAGUUCUUGGCUGAGAUGCCUGAGGCCGUGAUUAACCAGCUGGGCGAGAAGGAAGCUCACAUCUACACCAUAGAUGCAUCCAAGGUGGCCCGUGAGAAUGGUCUUGGUCGUCACACUAACAACGUUCUGGCCGCUGUGUUCUUCAAAUUGGCUGAUAUCAUCCCCUAUGAGAGUGCUGAGAAGUUGCUGAAGGACGCUAUGAAGAAGGCGUACUCCGCUAAGGGUGAGGAUCUGGUCCAGAGGAACUAUAAGGGAGUUGAUGCUGCUAUCGCCAACUUGGUCGAGAUUCAGUACGAUCCCAAGGUUUUCAGCACUUACAGUAAGCCGGAAGAUGUUGAUCCGACUCGCCCUGCGUUCUGUACUGAUCUCAUGGACCGCCUUAAUGCGCUUGAGGGCAACAACUUACCGGUCUCGUCGUUUGACCCUCGGGGGCACUACCCACCGGCUACAACUCAGUACGAGAAGCGUGGUGUGGCCCUUACUAUCCCUAUUGUGGACAUGGACAAGUGCACACAGUGCAACAAAUGCUCGGCUAUAUGCCCUCACGCGGCUAUCAGACCUUUCCUCAUCUCACAGCUUGAGGCUGAUGUCGCCCCUAAAGCCUUCGACAUGCGUAUGGCCAAAGGCGGUAAUGACGUCGCUGGUAUGAUGUACCGUAUUCAAGUCGCCCCUGAGGACUGCACUGGCUGCGAGGCUUGCUCAUGGGCCUGUCCUGAUAACGCUCUCACUAUGACCCCAUUGGAAGAUGUAGUUGAGGUCCAGCGUCCCAACUGGUCCUUCGCUAUAAGUCUACCUAGUCGUGGGUAUAUGGUCGACCGUCACACCCUCAAGGGUUCGCAGUUCCAGCAGCCUAUGCUGGAGUUCUCUGGGGCUUGUGAAGGCUGUGGUGAGACCCCUUAUGCUAAGUUGGUUACGCAGCUGUUCGGUGAGCGUAUGGUCAUUGCCAACGCCUCGGGUUGUUCUUCAGUUUGGGCUGGUACUGCUGCCUUCAACCCACUAGCUGUUAACGACAAGGGUCAGGGUCCGGCAUGGGGCAGAUCUCUCUUCGAGGAUGCCGCUGAGUACGGUCUUGGUAUGGCUCGUGCCGUCCAAGAGCGUCGUCUUAAUCUCAAGGAGAAGGUUCAGGAGUUGGUUGAUGACGAGGAGUACAAAGCCUUGCUCAGCCCUGAGCUCGACAAUGCAUGUCAUGAGUGGUUGGAGAAGUACAACGACUCUGUCAUUUGCCAGGAGCUAUCUGGUGAGAUCCCCGGUAUGCUGGAGAACACCAGUGCCCUACGAGAGGUUCCAUUGGUCCAGGAGAUCCUUUCUAUGAGGGACCUCUUCCCGAAGGUCUCCCAAUGGGUGUGGGGUGGCGAUGGUUGGGCGUAUGAUAUCGGCUUUGGCGGUCUGGAUCACGUCUUGGCUUCCCAGACAGAUCUCAACGUGCUGGUCAUGGACACUGAGGGUUAUUCUAAUACCGGUGGUCAGGUCUCGAAGUCUACCAAUUUGGGUGCAGUUCAGAAGUUUGCUCCUACAGGGUAUCGCCGCGCUAAGAAGGACCUUGGCGCCAUCGCUAUCGCCUAUGGGGACGUGUAUGUGGCGUCUAUCGCCAUUGGUGCAAACUAUGCUCAGUCCGUGAAGGCUUUGGUCGAGGCUGAGGCCUUCCCUGGUCCAUCACUGGUGCUCUGUUAUUCGCCCUGUAUUGAGCAUAAGAUCCUCUAUCCUCGUGGUCUGUCAAGAUUGGCCGAAGAAAUGAAGAAGGCUGUGGACUCUGGCUACUGGACGCUGUAUCGUUACAACCCUGCCAUGGUUCCGCAAGGUCACAAUCCUUUCACUCUUGACUCUAAGCAUCUCUCUAUCGACGUGGCUCAGUUCACCAAGCUUGAGAACCGCUUUGAGAUCCUAAAGCGUACUCAUCCUGAGGUCGCUGAACAGCUCAAGGCGAGCCUUCAACAGUGGACGAGAGAACGUCUGGAGAACUAUAAGUGGAUGGAGAAGCGUGGUGCUCCUUCUGAGGAUGCUGCUGGUCCCGCCCUGGACAUCCUUGUCGGUUCGGACACUGGUACCACCACUGAGCUGGCUAGCCGCUUUGCUGGUCUGUGCCGAUCUAGGCAGUUUAACGUCGCUGUGCACGAGCUGGAUGAGAUCACUCCGGAGUCGCUAAGAGCUAUGAGUAACGUCGUGGUUCUGUGUUCUACUGCAGGUGAGGGUGAUUUCCCCAACAACGCUCAUGCCUUCUGGGAGGGGCUCUCGGAUCCUGAGCUUGAGGAGGGUUUCCUUGCCUCCACUAAGUUCUCGGUGUUUGGUCUUGGUGACACGGGUUAUAAGCAUUUCAACGCUGCUGCUAAGAAUAUUGAGAAGCGUUUGUUGGAGCUUGGUGCUGUGAAGUCCCAGGACAUUGGCCUUGGCGAUGAUAAGGAUGAUGACAAGUACGAAACCGCUUUCGAGAGUUGGCUCCCCGACUUCUGGAAAAUCCAGAAUGCGCCGGAGUCCCCUGAUGAGCUAGAGAUCCCCGAGCCUAUCGUGGAGCUGGAGGUCGUUGCCAAGGACUUGGUCUGCCAGUAUCAGAGGGUUCGCCCACCUAAGACUAAGACCAUCACCCUCACCCAGAACGAGCGCAUCACUGCACUUGACUACGACCGUAUCAUCCGCCAUCUCAUAUUCGAUGUGCGUGGAGUCGACUUUUCCUAUCUUUUGGGUGACGCUUUGACCAUCUAUCCUGACAACGAUCCGGCCCUUGUGGAAGACUUCUUGCACUGGUACAAGGUCGAUCAAACUCAAUGGUAUCAUGUCCGUGGCACCAGGGAUUUGGAUCCUCGUCGUGCUGCGAGCUAUCGACAUCCGAUGACCGCAAAGCAGAUCUUUGGCGAGGUCGUGGACAUCACUGGUAGACCCAAUAAGUUUUUCUAUAAGCAGCUCGCUAAGUUCGCUGUAGACGAGGAAGAGCGGAAGGCUCUUGAAUUGAUCGUCGCUGACACUGCUGAGGGCAAUGCUGCAUACAGUGCUCUGUCGUCUGAAUGUGUCAACUACAUAGACGUCUUGAAGAAGUUCCCUAGUGCCCAUCCGCCUUUGGAGCAUCUCAUGUCACUGGUGCCCUGCAUCAAGCCGAGGCUCUAUUCUAUCGCUUCCUCACAACGCUUCGUCAACGACAAGGUUGAAUUGGUUAUUGUCGUGAAUGACUGGAAGACUCCUAGUGGAGCUACGAAGCGCGGUCUUUGCACCAACUACAUUGAUCGUUUGGCCACUGAUAAUAAGGAGGAUCUCACUUAUAAGGUUGUGGUCUCGGUCACUCCUGGCACCUUCAACCUCCCCCCUACUCUGAUGGAGCCCUACGUCAUGACUGGUCUUGGCACUGGACUGGCGCCUUUCCGAGCCUUCAUCCAGGAGAGAGCUUUCUUCAAGAACCUCGGGUAUCAAACUGGCCCUAUGUGGCUCUUUUACGGUUGCCGAUAUCGUGCGAAGGACUACAUCCUGGGUCAUGAGCUCGAGAAGUGGGCUGAGGAAGGUGUCAUUACUCAUCUUAAACCAGCCUUCUCUCGUGACCAGAAGGAGAAGGUUUAUGUCCAGCACAAGAUGCUCGAGAGCAAGAACGAUCUUUAUGAGGACCUUAUCAACAAGGGUGGUUACUUCUAUCUCUGUGGGCAGGCCGGACAGCUCGAAAUUGAUGUUCGGAAUGCUAUCUUGACGGCUAUCAAGGAGGGUGGUAAAAUGUCAGCUGAGGAGGCACAGAAGGUUUUUGACAAGUUCGAAGAGGAGGGUCGGUACUGCCUAGAGCUAUACUAG